UAGUUUGGUUUAGAUGCUUUGUGAUAUUCCACCUUCAGCCUAUUAUUCUACUUAAAUGCGAAGAAAUACUUUUGUGACAGCCUGGGUGAAUCAAGUUGUGUGUGAUACAUGUGGAUGUGGGAUAUAUAAUAUUAUGUUUUGAAUCAACUGUACUUCUAAAGGCUGAAACAUUCUAUCUUGUUUGAAGUGAAGUCAACAUCUUGAUUCUUCAUUAGGAAAGGUAGUUUUUCCUUGAAAAACCCUAGCCAUUUCUGCAAUCUAUUUCACCUACAGCAGAAGACAGAGAUAGAGAGACGGCUUGAAAAUAUGCAAAGUGAGAGAGAAAUUGUGGGGAAGGAGAGAGUAUGUGUUACAGGUGCAGGUGGAUUUAUAGCAUCUUGGAUUGUAAAGCUUCUCCUUUCUAAAGGCUACAUGGUACAUGGAACUGUUAGAGAUCCAAGUGAUGAAAAGAAUGCUCAUUUGACACUUUUGGACAAUGCCACUGAGAACCUCCAACUUUUCAAGGCAGACUUGCAGGACUACAACAGCCUCUGUGGUGCCAUUGCAGGAUGCACUGGAGUUUUCCAUGUUGCUAGCCCAGUUCCUGCUGGUCGCGCAGCCAACCGAGGUGGAAGUUAUCGAGCCUGUUAUGAGGGGGACGAGAAAUAUUUUAAUGGCAUGCAGUGAGAUAAAAGUGAAGAGGCUUGUGGUUGUAUCAUCGGUUGUUUCUGUUAUUAAGAACCCUGAUUGGCCGAAGGAUCAACCCAUGGAUGAGUCAUGCUGGUCUGAUGAGGAGCACUGCAGAAAAACUGAGAACUGGUACUACUUCGCCAAAACAGCCUCGGAAAGGGAGGCACUGGAGUAUUCAAAGAAAAAUGAUCUUGAUGUUAUAACAAUUUGUCCGUCUGUUGCUCUUGGGCCAAUGUUGCAGUCCACAGUGAAUUCUAGUAGCAUGAUUCUCAUCAAGAUUUUGAAAGAUGGAUGUGAGAGAAUGUUCAUCAUUGUACGGCUGGUAGUUGAUGUGCGUGAUUUUGCUGAAGCUGUAUUGUUAGUAUAUGAGAAGCCUGAAGCAGAAGGGAGGUAUCUUUGUUCAGCACCCUCAGUCGAAAGACACGACUUCAUCGACAAGCUAAAGAAUAUCUAUCCAAAGUUCAGCUGCUUGCCAAUGACUCCCGGAGAAGAGAAGGGUCAGGAGUUGAAUUGUGAAAAACUACAGAAGUUGGGAUGGACAGCCAGACCUUUAGAAGAGACACUCCUUGACUCUGUUCAAGAUUACCUAGAGAAGGAAAUCUUAGAAAAGCAUUUUUAAAAACGUACGAAUCAUUCAUCCAAUGUUUCUUGGAUACAUAUCACGUCCUUGGAUACAUAUCACGUCCUUGCAGUCUGUUAAAAGUCGUUAAUUUUCUUCUCAUAAGUUGGUUGAAAUUAUUGAAUGUUGGUACAAAAAUUGAAUGACUUCUAAAACAAUAUGAUUUGCUUUUAUAAGUAUGAAUAA